AUGGCCAUGGUCUCGGCGCUCGCGCACCUCAACUUGAGCGACAAUGAAGAAGCAGAGGCCCCGCCGCCUGCAUCGCCGCCCGCCGCGACGCCCGAAGCGCCGAGUGAGACGAUCCUGUACCCGCGCAUCAAGAUUCCUGGCCCAAAGCAGCUCAAGCGACGCAAGCGGCGGCGCCCCAAACGCACGUGGAAGACGUCGCACGCCACGUGGACGGGCACGCCCAGUGUCGAUCCGUUCUUCGUGCUGCAAUACGACUCGGCCAUCGAGCGGGCGACGAGCCUCGCCGAGCUGGCCAAGCUCCAGCCCGUGUCGCACGCCCGGUUGCCGGCGCGAGCCAUGGUCGCGCCUUGCCACCGCGCCCAAAGCAAUCACUCGAGUAGCAGCAUGAGCAGUGACGAGCCGGCUGUCGCAGCACCGCCCCGUGCACCACGUCCCAACCCGCUGCCCAAGCCAUCCAUGUCACCCCCACAAGAAGCCAAGGCGGCCGAGGCGACGACUCCGGUUGAAAACAACGCUGACGAUGACGCGUCGCUGCCCGCCAAGCUGCUGCACGUGCCGACCGUACUCACCCCCGACAUGAUCCAAUGGCUGCGCAACUCGGGCAUGUUUGCCAUGAAGCCGCGGUCCCAAGUCGCCUGGGCGCGUGACGCACAGCUCGCGCACCUCGACCACGCAUAA